CAUGGCCUCUUCCAUCCAGCUGUGAGGGGACUGCCCUGUGACUCUGAGAGCAUGCUGGAACAGAGCACGCGGGGGGCACAGAGGUGAGAGCACAAAGCAGAGGUGAGCGAGACAGACACAAACUUAGAAGGCCCACAGAACACCAAGUGGGAGGAUCUCAUUCCACUCCCCUGUGCACAGUCUUGGUAUUCAUCAGACCUUGAGGUGCUCAUAUUCAGACAAGGCUAAGAAGGCGUGUGAUGGUUCUGCUUUAAUACUUGUCCAGACAGGAGUGAGCCUCAACUAGAUAGCAGGAGUAUUCCAAGAGGGAAUGUGAAGCUGCCCUGGAUUUUAUACAGAAACCUCUGAAAACAGAUAAAUGAUUGUCUAAUGAGGCUGGUAGCUGGUAGGGAACAUGUGCCAAGAAGUGCUUUCAGAAAGUAACUUGACCCUCUGUUUUGUGUGUUAGUGAGUGCAUUCCAAGGAAUGAAAUUCAGCUGUUUGUGGGGAAGGAAUCAAAGUGCAAAAUGAAUGAGACCAUAAGGUGCACCUUGGUAAACUGCAUCUGCCUUGGUUUUAAACCUGGCAAAAUAAACCAUCGUCUGUGUGAGCAGUGCAGGCACGGAUGGGUUGCACAUGCACUUAGCAAAUUACGGAUCCCACACUUCUAUCCCGCCAGCCAAGUAGAAAUCGUUCAGUCCAGCGCAGUGUUUGAUAUCGGCAGCCUCAUUCUCUACGGGACACAAGCCAUUCCAAUCCGUCUGAAGAUUCUGCUAGAUCGCCUUUUCAGUGUCAUCAAGCAAGAAGAGGUCUUGCAGAUUCUGCACUCACUUGACUGGACCCUCCAGGAUUAUAUUCGUGGUUAUGUAUUGCAGGAUGCCUCUGGAAAAGUUCUAGAUCACUGGUCUAUUAUGACUGUUGAAGAAGAGCUAGCUACACUGCAGCAGUUCCUCCGUUUUGGCGAAACAAAAUCUAUUGUGGAGCUCAUGGCAAUCCAUGAAAAAGAAGGUUAUUCUGUACUUGUGCCCAGUACUAGAACCAAUUCUGACAUUCGAGCAUUUAUUGAAAGCAGCAACCCAAGGGGCAGUCCUAUUUUACCUUCCCCACUGGAGAAGGUGUCUCCCUCAGCCAUUCAUCCCUUUGAGAACAUGAUUAACAAUAUGGCUUUCACAUUACCAUUUCAGUUUUUCAGUCCUGUUCCACCUCCACUUAUAGGAUCACCGCCAGAAAGACCAAUGUCUGAAAGAAACCAAGACAGAUCAAAAGAUUGCAAAAAUGAUUCCCAAAUAUCAUUCUUGGACAGCAGCUACUUGACUUCUAGUUCUGCAACAUUUCAUCUGGAAAAUGACUCCAACAUGAGUACUCGAGAUGGUGCCCCCAAAAUAGAAGAUGAUAGCCCUUUAAGCGAUGCAAGCUCACAUAACAAUAUGAACUAUGAUAUUUCUCCAGUCUCUCCAGAGAGUAAAAAUAAUCCCACAGAAAUAAAUAUCAAUGGGCCUAGGAAGGGUCGUGUUUUUUGCACUGCUUGUGAAAAGACCUUUUAUGAUAAAGGCACAUUAAAGAUUCAUUACAACGCUGUCCAUCUGAAGAUAAAACACCGGUGUACAAUUGUGGGAUGUAAUAUGGUCUUCAGCUCCCUAAGAAGUCGGAACCGCCAUAGUUCUAAUCCCAACCCAAGGCUGCAUAUGCCAAUGAACAGAAAUAACAGAGACAAGGAUUUAAGGAAUGGACUAAUUAUAUCUGCCGAUUCUAAAAGACUUACACCUAAAUCUUGUAACUUGGAUAGCAGAUCAGGUAAUAACUAUGCCAGUACUGCUCCUGAUACAAAAUUGCAGUCUGUUCUCCCCAGUGUUGGACAAUCAUGUGUGCUCUUUCCCAAUCUGAAAACUGUCCAACCAGUUCUGCCCUUCUAUCGAAGUCCUGCAACAUCUGCUGAACUUGCCAAUACUCCUGGAAUACUACCCCCUCUUCCUGUCAUUUCUGAGUCUAUCUCAGACAAAAUUAUUUCUGAUGACUUUCUCUCAGAUACAAUGCCCAAAAAGAAAUCUCGAAAAUCCAGCAUGCCCAUCAAAAUCCAGAAAGAGUACAUUGAUGCACCACAAGGAAACCUAGAAGAAGCUAGUUCUGAAGAGGACAACCCUAUACAUGAAACAAGCAACGACACCUUUGAAAAUUGUGAUAAAAAUCAAGAGAUAGAUAUUUCUGGGGGGAUACAAAGAGACAACAUGUUUUUGGAUUCAUAUAAAUCAAAUGACUCUGAAGAUCAGCAUUAUCAGUCUGUGAUGGAUAAUAAUUACAACAGUGCUUCUUCUGAUUCUGAGAAUGAGUUCCAACCCUCGGAAAAAGAAAAUAACCAUAACCAAGACUAUGCUUUAAAUAUAGAUUUAAGUGAAAACAAAAACGAGCACAACUUUAAUGUUUCACAGCAGCUGGCUGAACCCAAACUGUACAAUAAAGAGCAGUCAAAACAUACAGAUUCUGAAGGCGGUGUUGAAUUCCAAAACUACUCUGUGAGUGGGGAACUUUACAGUUCAACUCCUAACAAGACUUCUGACUUUGAUGCUGGCGAACAGCACUUCCAAAUUCCUAAAGACGAAAAGCGCUUUCAUUGUGAGAUAUGUAAAAAGGCCUUUAAAAACCCUUACAGUGUGAAAAUGCAUUACAAAAAUGUGCACCCAAAGGAAAUGCAUUUAUGUACGAUAGAGGGCUGCCAUGCUGCUUUCCCGUCUCGGAGGAGCAGAGACAGACACAGUUCAAAUUUAAACCUUCAUCAGAAACUGUUGACUAAAGAAGCACAUGAGGUACAAAGUUUACCAUACAAUAUACCCUAUCUUCUAAAGAAUACUAUUAAGGAUUGUUAUCAGGACCCUCCACUAAAAAAUCCUGGACAGACAUCUGUAAUCUUCAAAGGCAUGAACAGAACAGGGAGCCUGGUUUAUCCCAUGAGCAAGAUCAGAGAGCCUUGUUUGGACAGCUUUGGGACAGAGCCUGUGAAUGACAAUGUUGUGUUGGACUUAAGCACUGCUUCCAGCAUUCGGUCCGGCAGCAGUUCCCAUUCCUCCUGGGACUCCGAUGGAGGUAGUGAAGAAGGUAACAUACCAGUGGAGGAUAGUGAUGAAAGCUGUGAAGGAUUGAGCUUCAUUACACAGGAAGAGCUCUACCAGAAUAUUUACUUGACUAAUAGAGUUCACCAGAGUUUUUCAAGCAUACCAACUAGUAUGCCAAUAACCUGCCAUAUCUGCCAAAAAACAUACAGUAACAAAGGAACAUUUAGAGCUCAUUAUAAAACUGUCCAUUUGCGGCAAAUGCAUAAAUGUAAAGUAGAAGGAUGCAACACCAUGUUCUCAUCUGUACGCAGUCGAAACAGACAUAGCCAAAACCCUAAUUUGCACAGGCUCUUAUCUGAAUCCCCAAAUAUCUUGCAAUAGAAAAAGGUAUUUGUUCCAGAGGGGCUGAUUAGUCUCUCAUAGGGAAAAUAAUGUUUAUUUUUGAUGUAAAGUCUCCAAGCGGGGUUCAUUCUAUAAAUCUAAAUUUACCUGCAUCAACCCAACAGUAACCCUAUGACAAUUAACAUUGCACCACACAGCAUCCCCAAUUCCAUAAUUAAAGCUGUCCCUUGCGUCAUGAAUAUAAAAUAUUUAAUUACCGGUAUAUGGAUUUAUAUUUCACAACUCAACAGACAGACGGCACUUCUGGAUGGGUUUAUUGGGAUAACUGCUGUUAACCGCCUAACGUGUUUCGGGAAUAUAUCCCUUAAUCAUAGGCUAACCCCUAUGGCUAGCCUAUGAUUAAGGGAUAUAUUCCCGUUUAUCCAGUAUAGACAGGUGCACAUUGGGAGCCUUUAAAAGUUAAAAACAUAUUUUAUUUAUUAAUUCAUUUUAAAUGAACAGGCCAACAUUUCGGUCUCCGUUUAAGACCUUUAUCAAGACUGAACAGAAAUCGAUACAUUGGCCUGUUCUUUUAAAAUUAAUUAAUAAAUAAAAUAUGUUUUUAACUUUUAUUUAUAUAUAUAUAUAUAUAUAUAUAAGUCUCGGUGAUCCGCACUCCUCUCGGCAAUUCAUCUCUUACACCCGGGUGCUGCUCCUGGGAAAUAGUAGAUACAAACGAAAAAUAGUAGCGCACUCCUAAACUAAUAAAAAUUAGUUUAUUUUCUCAUCAUUACAGUAAUCUGCUGUUUUAUAUAUAUAUAUAUAUAUAUAUAUAUACAUAUACAUAUACAUAU